AUGGGUCCUCUCCUCCGUGCCGCCGUGCUCUCCGUCGCGCUCCUCGCCCUCGCCGCCGUGGGCGGCGAGGCGCACAGUGCCACCGAUUUCCUCAACAUCUUCAAGCCGCGGAACGAGCACGACUACUUCCACAACGCGAACCAGGGGCAGGAGGAGGACGUGAUGCCCCGGGCCAGCGACCAGCAGAACCUCAUCACGGCGCCGGUGACCAAGAGCGGCCUCAUGGAGGUGCCUCCCCGGUCCGCGCCCACCGCGGUGGCGCAGGACACGGUGGUGCUCCCCGUGGACAACGCCGCGGGGUUCCCCGGCGCGUGGUCUAUCAUCAGCGAGAACGCUGGCGUGUCCGCGAUGCACCUGGUGAUCAUGCGGAGCGACAAGGCCAUCAUGUUCGACACGGUCACCACGGGCCCGUCGCUGCUGAGGCUGCCCAAGGGGAACUGCCGCCUCGACCUCCGGAGCAAGGAGGUCGGCGCCCAGGACUGCGCCGCGCACGCCGUCGAGUUUGAUUACGCCACGGGCGGGGUCAGGGCCCUCAAGGUCUUAACGGACGUGUGGUGCUCAUCGGGCGCGCUCGACGCCGAGGGCAACCUGGUGCAGACCGGCGGCUACUUCGAAGGGGAGAAGGUUGUGAGGUACCUGAGCCCAUGCGGCAACUGCGACUGGAGGGAGUUCCCGGGGAGCCUGGCCGAAGGAAGAUGGUACGGGACGCAGCAGAUACUUCCGGACGGGCGCUCCAUCGUGCUCGGUGGCCGGCGUGCGUUCAGCUACGAAUUCGUUCCGGCGGAAGGCCAGUCGAACGCCCAAGCCAAUAACCUCCAGAUACUUCGUGACACCACCGACGACGUGGAGAACAACCUGUACCCGUUCGUCCACCUCCUUCCCGACGGGACUCUCUUCAUCUUCGCCAACGACCGCUCCAUCCUGUUCGACCCCAGGAACGGCCAGGUCGUCCGCGAGUUACCGGUCCUCCCGGGCGGGGGCCGGAACUACCCAGCCUCCGGCAUGUCGGCGCUCCUCCCGCUCGACCUCCGCCGCGGCGACGUCCUCAGUCCCGAGGUCAUCGUCUGCGGUGGUUCCCCCAAGAACGCCUUCAAGCUCGGCGAGGCCAACAUUUUCAACGCCGCUCUCAAGGACUGCGCGCGCAUCAACCCGUUGAAGCCCGACGCGCGGUGGGCGACCGACCAGAUGCCCGUGAGCCGCACCAUGGGCGACCUGCUCAUCCUGCCCACCGGCGACCUGCUCAUACUGAACGGCGCGGCUAAGGGCUGCUCGGGCUGGGGUUUCGGGCGGCAGCCCGUGCUGAGCCCUCUCCUGUACUCUCCGCGGCAGAAGCGGGGCUCGCGGUUCCGGGCGCUGGCACCGACGACCAUCCCGCGCAUGUACCACGCCACCAGCGCGGUGCUGCCCGACGCCACCGUGCUCGUGGCCGGCAGCAACACCAACUCCGCUUACAACUUCAGCGGCGUCGACUUCCAGACCGAGGUGCGCGUCGAGCGGUUCACCCCGCCGUACCUCUCCCCGGCGCUCGAGGCCAACCGGCCCAUGAUCGACGUGGGGACCGUCCCCGGCGACGGGAUGGCGUACGGAGCCAAGUUCACGUUCCAGUUCUCCACGCCCGUGCAGGCCGUGGCCGAGGCCGACGUGAAGGUCACCAUGUACGCGCCAGCGUUCACGACGCACGGGUACUCCAUGAACCAGCGGCUGCUGGUGCUGUCCGUCACCGCGUUCACGGCCAACUGGCAGAGAUACACGAUAACGGUCGACGCUCCGGGAAAGCCUGAGCUCGCGCCGCCCGGCUACUACCUGUUGUACGUCCUGGCGAAAGGCGUGCCGAGCAAGGCCGCGUGGGUGAAGGUACACAAGUGA